UGUAGUAGAAUCUUACGACAAAAAACUGAUCCGAAAACUAUAGGUACAUCCUAUACCCCACGAUGGGCUAGAAAACGUGUUUGCUUGUUACACCGCGCAAGAAUUUCACGGUAGGUGGAGUAUGGGAGAAGGGAGGAAUGAAGUAGCAAAUGGAACAUCUGGUUAGCCUGGAAUCAUUAUCUUUUGUAAAAUGAGAAAGUAUAUUAGAAUGCCCAAAGUCUCAGAAUUCGGACAGGAUUUGUUUUUGUUCUGCACUAGACAUAUACACAAUAGACGUGCAUUGAAUAUAGGCGUUGAAGAAUAGAUAUAGAUUGAAUAUAGGCUUGAAGUGCAGAAGUGAUAUUCAGCCAUUGAAGUACCAUGGGAAAUACACUGAGGCGUUUGUAUGAGGAAUGCUACAGUCCUAGACCUGAAGGGGGUCAUGGAGUGAGUCCUGGUACAGCUGGUUUCGAUGCAUUGGCUCGUGAUCUCUUUCAAUUUGAGAACACUGGCCAGGUGCCAGAAGGAUUAAGCCAGCACCUAGAGGCUUCAAAGAAAACACAGGCUACAUGGUAUAAUAAAAUCCAAGCAGCAUGGAAGGAGGAGCCUCCUAAGAAUGCUGAACAAGCAGCAACACUUAUUGUCAGAGCAUUACACAAACAUCACAAGGUCAAUGUUGAGGGUCUCUUGGCAUUUUAUGGGCUUCCAUACCCUGCUGCAUCUGUACAAAUUCCAGAACAGACUCUACAAAAAUGGCCAGUAGGGGUGAAAUUUGAACUGCACAGUCUUCAAGUAGAUGCGAGGGCUGUUGCAGAUGGUGAUACAAUCACAGUAUAUGUGGAUACAAAGAAGCCCAGAGAAUCUUCAGAGGUUCCAGUCUCAGUGCAGAAAGCAGCAAUGGAAAGGCGUGAAGCUCGAACAAGGAGGGAUUAUGUGAGAGCUGAUGCAUUACAGAAUCAAAUUGCAGAUGCAGGAUAUAGGGUAUUUGAUGGAGCCAGAAAUGGUGACGAUAUCCUAUCUCGCAAAUAUCGAAUUCGAUUAAGGGGAGUGGAUGCACCAGAGAGCAAAAUGCCUUAUGGCAAGGAGGCAAAGGAAGCAUUACUCAAUCUAAUUGAAGGGAAAAGUUUGCACAUACUAGUCUAUGAGCAAGAUCGAUAUGGUCGCUCUGUAGGAGAUGUUUACUGCGGAAAUAUCUUUGUUCAGGAAGUACUUCUGAAAAGGGGAUUUGCAUGGCACUAUUCACAAUAUGAUCAGCGUCCAGAGUUUGCCGAGUGGCAAAAAGAGGCCCAAGCUGCCCGUGUUGGGCUAUGGGCUUCGUCCAACCCACAAAAGCCAUGGGAGUGGAGGAAAGACAAACGGGAAGGUGUCCCCAUUGCAACUUUUGCUUGAGACCCCAUUUCAGCGGUCUCAUCAUCGUUACUUUCGAGGAUGGAAUAGAGAGAAACCGUAAAACAGUGAAAGGGAAAUUCAGUUUUGCCUUUCAUGAACUUGUGGAGCCCUUGAGCUUGUUUGAACAUUAAAACAUCAUUGUUUCUUCAAUUCCAAGGAAAGGAAUAUAUGGUUACAUAUAUUUUGUAAAAUCUUGUUUACAUUAAUGUUUCAGAUCAUUCAGUGGUCUAUCGUCA